AUGUCGGCAUUUGCGCAGUGGAUUAAACGUUAUCCUGUCGCUCGGGGCAUGAUCACGUACAGUUUACUAUGGCCAACGGGAUGCUUUAUUCAGCAAAAGCUGUCUGGUAAAAAGUUAAGUGAGAUCGAUUGGAAAAAGUGUUGGCGAUUCUUCUUUUACGGUGGAUUCAUUGUUGCACCAUCGCUGUACUGUUGGAUACGGGUGGCUUCCAUCAUGUGGCCAAGGCAAAAUCUAAAAUCGGCCAUUGCCAAGGCUUUAACUGAGCAAAUAAGCUACACACCGAUGGCGAUGACGGCGUUCUACUUCAGCAUGAGCCUACUGGAGGCAAAAACGGUCGAAGAAUCACUGAACGAAGUACGCGUGAAGCUGUUUCCAACGUACAAGGUUGCAUUAUGUAUCUGGCCAUUCAUACAAACAUUCAACUUUUCGGUAGUGCCGGAAAAAAAUCGCGUGCCCUUCGUCAGCAUGUGCAGUCUACUGUGGACCAUAUUUUUAGCUUACAUGAAGCAAAAAGAACAAAAAGAGCUAGAGGCUGGCAUAUUUGUAAAAUAA